AACAGUAUUUAUUUCAUACGGAAAGCUCCAUUUAUAAGAGAGGCUUAAAGUUUUUUUCUUCACGAUAUUCGAAUAUUUAAACAGCGCGGUUCUCAACCAGAAAGUAUUUUUCGAAAGGACUCUAAACGAUUUACAAUUAAUCGAUUCCGAAAGGCAAAACAAGAUAACUUUAACAAUAUGCCACCUCCUUAUCCUAAUGGCUGGUAUGGUAUAGUAGAAUCGUGCCGGCUUAACAUUAGUGAGGCAAUUUUUAUUUCUUGCUUAGGGGAAAAAUUAGUGGUAUACCGCACUCAAAAUAAUAAAGUAUUUAUUGUGAAUGCAUAUUGCCCCCAUUUAGGAGCCAACUUUGGCGUUGGGGGUCGGGUAGACGGAGACUGCAUUGUUUGUCCUUUUCACCAAUGGAGCUUUCGUGGAUCAGAUGGAAAAUGCAUAAAAAUUCCUUAUAGUACAUCAGUUCCCAGAUCAGCAAAGGUAAAGAGCUGGAUUUCGCAGGAAACUAAUGGAAUUAUAUUUGUUUGGUAUCACAUCGAUUCAACCGAAAAACCCUGGAGUUUUCCUAUGACAAUUAGUGACAACCAAUUUAUUUACCACGGGCGGAACGAAUUUUAUGUAAAUUGCCAUAUUCGAGAAAUACCAGAAAAUGGAGCGGAUACUAUCCAUUUUAAUUCGAUUCAUAAUGAAUGUUUUAUGUCCGGAAAUAUUACCAAAAGCAGUAAAUUUUUCCAAUACUGUCACCAUAAAUGGAAUUCAAGUUGGAUGCCAUCAAAAAAUGCUAAGCAUUUAGCUGAAAUCAAACUUAGCCAUUCCUUACAAAUAUUUGGACGAUUUAACUGCUUUCGAAUGGAUAUCUCAGGCUUGCAGAUUGGUCCUUCAUAUGUUACCAUGGAAAUAAAUUCGUCAAUAUUUGGUACAUUUCGAAUAUGCCAAACUAUUACACCAAUUGAACCUUUAUUGCAAAAAGUUAUUCAUAGAUUUUAUGGACCCCGUUGGUUAGCUCCGUUCAUGAAAAUCUUUAUAUGUGGAGAAAGUAUUAUGUUUCAACGCGACGUAACUAUAUGGAAUCAUAAAGAUUUGCUUCCGAAUCCAAUUUUGGCAAAAGAAGAUACAGCAAUCAAACAAUUUCGAAUGUGGUAUUCGCAGUUCUACACAUGUAACAGUAAAUCUCUUACAGAUGAGACGACAAACCAUUGGUAAUAUGGAGAGCUACCUCGAUAUAAUAAUCUUGUCUUAAUUAUUGUAGUUAAAAUAAAAAGGCGUUUGUUAUUCACAAUAA